AAUCCAAGGCCAAAUUCCUUGGUAGGCUAUACAUCUUGUGUAGCUUCACGUGUAUAUGAACUCUAGUACAAAUCUUGGAUGACAGAAAUUAUUGACACCAGUUGACCUGCUGGAAGGGAUAAAUGAACAUGUAUAUUUUUAUGUAGCUGAUGUUGUGUACCUUUGCAGCAUUGCCAAUCAUUGCAGGAAAGAAUCCACAGAAUAGACAGAAGGCAAGAAGGUGGUUAUACUCUGGAUGUUCACUAAUGUCAACAAGAGUUUGUGUAUAACCAAGCUAUAUAGUAACAGAGAGACACCAACAGAAGCAUGUACCAGCUUAGGAGUGGGUUAAUCACCAGUUUUUUAUAACCUAUAGCUACAGUACCAACGACAAAUCUAACAAUUUGUAUUGAGAAGUUGGUGAUAUUUAAUAUACUCAUCUACCAGGUACAUUUGAUAUGUUUUCAAGGGUAUCUUGACAAGCUAACUUCGAGACAAACAACCAACCUAUCAGAAAUUGACAAGUGUAUAGAAUCUUGUUCCUCACAGCAAUGUCUAUAUCCCAGGUCUUACACAAUAGAUUCUACUUGUGUUCCAUAAGGAUGCAGUGGUUGCUGUAGAUAUACUAGGAAGGAGAAUAUGAGUCUGUAUGGACAUGGACAUUAAUUGGUUGUGUUAUAAAUCAUCAGUCUCUGGGUAAAAUACCAGUAUUGUAGGCCAUAGUAGCCAAUUACUUUAGCCAGUCUGAGACAUCAGGGGAAAAGUUAAUACGGUGACCAGCUGGGGCUACCACUGCAGCACUUCCCCAGACAGUUCUAGUUUACUGCCAUCCUUUCUGGGUUUUGUUGACUUUUCUACAUAAGAAACAAGUGACUAGCCAUCUGUGUAAGAAGUACCUAAAACAGUACUACUGUGUUAGCUGAAGUAAUUUUCCAUAGUAAGUGCUGUGUUGUUCUCAAGGGAAUACCAGUUCUCCUCAACGUUUCAGGAUGUCAAGCAAGCUCAAGUCUCACGAGAGUUUUUAUAGGGACGUUUCACCUUACAUAGCGACAUGUACUAUUCAGAAGAUUCCAGAAAAGCUACUGCUGAAAGUAUUUUCGUACCUGAAGCAUCCAGAGUUAAGUUACGUAGCACAGGUGUGUAAGAAAUGGCGUAUGUUGGCUUACGACAGUCGCUUGUGGCAUGUAGUAUCACUUCGUCCGGAAUACUCGGGAUUACAUGUUACUAACAUAGACCUUCUUUUAUCCCUCAUUGGAAUACGUUUCGGUGCCACAAUGAAGUACAUAGAACUCCCAUGUGAAUUAAUCACAGCUCCAAUACUACAUGAGCUAGCCAACAAGUGUCCAAACUUAAAUUACAUGACCCUAGACUUUUCCAAUGCUAUGCAAUUGCACGACUUCAAUGAUCUCAACGCCUUUCCCUGUAACUUGCGAAGUCUAUGCCUGUGUCUUUCGGAAGUGAUUUUCCUGGAGGGAUUUAUGCGCCGAAUCUACAGCUGUUUGUCCUCACUAGAAGUCCUCCACAUGAUCGGCACGUUUGAAAUGUCAACAGAAGCAGAGGAUGACAUAUAUGAGGUUGUAAACAUAGGAAAGAUCAAAGCCCACACACCUAACCUGAGGGUUGUUAAUCUGUAUGGAAUCACAUUUAUUGAUGACACCCACAUUGAACUGCUAGCUUCCAACUGUAUUCAUCUGGAAUGUGUAGCCUUGAACUUUUGUCUCAGGGUCAAGGGGUCGUCAUUUAAAGUCCUUCUUCAGAGAUGCAAAAAACUGAAAACCUUACUGCUGCAACAUACAGGUGUGAUCGACCAACACAUGAUUGCAGCCCCUUGGGAGAUGUCAGUAAUCCAGGAACUUGACCUAACAUCCACAGAGCUGUCAACUGUGUGCCUGGAGAACAUACUGCUGCGCAUACCUAGCUUCACCUAUCUUGGCCUUGGAUACUGUGAAUUUUUUACUGAUCGGGUCCUAGAGCUGCUGAUAGCAAGAGGAAAACUGAAUCAUCUAAAAGCUGUAGACCUUAGCUACACUAAUGCCUUGUCAGAAAGUGCCAUCUACCAGCUUCUACAGAAACUAGGAAGCAACCUCGAGGGUGUCAUGAUUGCUGGCAAACCUAAACUCACAGAAAACUUCUGGCUCAAUGUCAUCUCAUUCUUAAAAAGCAUCAAGAUCUGUGUGCUUGGCACAGCUAAUGGCUGGUUCCUCAAGAUGCAGAGUAAGGUCCACAUUGACCAGGUGAUUGAGUGGUAUGCCCAGAACUGUCCCCGUUUGGAGCGCCUCGAGAUCCAGUGGGAUCCAGAUACUAUCCGCUUCUCUGACAAGAGCAACAAAUUUGUUGACCAUAUUAGGUUGCGCUGCCCAAAUUUAAAGUCCUUUACACUGAGUGAUGGAGAAUAUUAUGAGAUGGUUAAAUCCAAUUUCGAGAGAGCAGAUCGAGUAAAGGUGGUCAGGACAACAACUAACUACUCCACAAGUAUCGUCAGCCUCCUGUCCUGCUACAAAGAUCUCCUCUUCAACUGAGGGUUACUCCCCCUGAACAGUGAUGCUAGUCACAGACUAAGUUAUUUAAGUCUGGGAGAUACUGUGAAGAGAAGGUCAAGGUCAUUUAAAGUCUGUGUACUGUGACCACAGGAUCACUUAAGUAACAGCUAUUGUUGCAACAAGAUGUCAUCCCAUCCCUCUUGGAUUUGUUCACCCACAAACCUGAUAGUAUCCUUGUCAUGUGAUACCUUAUCAUGUGACCUUGAUCAUGUGACUUUGUCUUGUAUCACCAGAGGUUGUAAGAUGAGAAAACACCUAUGUAUUGGAGGGCGUAACAUUCUAAGGUGUGUUAGGUUCAUACAGUUAGGAUUAAGAUACUUUAAUUUAAAAGUUUCCAUCAAUGAAUUUAUGUAACUUAACACGCAGAUGGAAGAGGUGUUGACAUAGAACUUUAUAGAGAGAAUAUUAACAGUGUGAGACUUGAAGUGUGAUAGUAGAUAGACACCAAUUCCUACUUACCAAGAAGUGAAGGAUUAGACAGUACCCCAGAGGGUAAAGAUAAACAUGUCAGAUGCCAAUGCUUAGUGGUACCAAGUGUAUAUUUGGUUCUCACACUGGAAUGAUGACAGAUUAGUGCUACAAAUAUUCAUUACAUCAUUGACACCUCUUUACCAUAUUCAUAACUUAAAAUAUAAUCAAAUCCAACACCAGAAUCAAACUUUACAGAAGUCUCUUAGAUCUACUAAACAAAAAACUACAAAGGAAUAUAUUUUCUAUCAAUGUUCAUCCUCUGCUGAACCUGUUUGUUGUUAAUGAUUUUAACCAGUCACACGAAGGGAGGUAACUCUUCAUCAUAAUUCAUAUUGUCCAAGAUCAUUAGUUUAUGAGGGCUAUUUAAAGAUAUCAUGGUUCUUAUGUUCUAAUGGAAAACAAACCUUAUAUGGUAGAGAUCUUUAAAAGUAUUGAUAAUUAAGGUUCAAGGAUUGAUAUAUAUAUCCCUAAUAUUUCACUAAGUAGGUGCGUAGAAUAGCAGAUUUAUAUACAUGGGACAUUACGUGCAAUUUGAUUUAAGAAAAUUUUGCUAUUUAUUGCCUAAUAUUUCAGAGGAUUUUAUCCCUAUAUUUGUUGAAUUAUUUUGUGAAAGUAUUUAUUAUAUGUGAUAAGUAAUAUGCAUUAGUUUAUAAAUUAUAUAAAAUGUUAAAGCUAUAUUAAACUAUGUAUACAUGCAGUUAUUGAUAUUUUUUAUUUUAUAUUUCUAGCAUUGGUAAAAGAAUGACAUCUUUCAAAAUAUGCAAUUCAGAAUAAAUGAAGCAACAUUACAUAGAUCUUGAUACUCUCGCUCCAUACAAGGCACUUGAACUUUUACAUUGUGUGAAGGACGAGGCAUACAUAUUUCACAUUCAGUUCGACCUUCAUUAGGAUUAUUUCAACCUUAAACUUUCCUCCAUUUCAAAUGAGUCGACAAAGGAGAGCUGUAUAUCCCCUAUCAAGUUACUCAUAUGUUAUAAUCAAAAUAGGUUUCAUUUUGUUUUUAUUAUUUACUUUUUUGUUUUAUGAAUAAGAAAAUUACAUUAAAUUUUGAUUAAAUCACACAAAUGAGAUCCAUUUUUGAUACCGUAUCAUUAGAUAAAGUUUUUUUCCAUUGUGAUUUCCAGUGAUACUGCUAAAGAUCAUACUUCCUGUACAUGUGUGGAAUAGUUGUUGUCAUACCUAAACUUGUUUACAUCACCUUUAAGGUAAUUUACUAAUUGGGUUGUUGAUUGUAAAUAAACUUAUGAAAUACCAUAA